AUACUUAAGGAAAACAAUAUAAGAAAAGAAACAAUGCGUUUCGCCAAUUUAGACAAAAAAAAUUAUUUUCUAUGUUAUACUUACAAAUUUUGUUCAAGAGUUCAAGAAUACAAUUCCAUUGACCUAAAAAUUUUAACAAAUUUAAACUACAGUACAUACAUAAACAAGAUCAUGUUAAAUAUUUAUUUUGAUUAUGCAACUUUAAACAAUUUAUAGAACCUGCAUGUACGAAACACUGACACUUUACUUGCGAAUAAGAAGCAUUAAAUAAACGUCAAAAAAGUUUUGACAACCGAAGUAAUAAAUGGGUAAAGUAAAACAAUAGCCAAAGCGAAUUUACAAAUAGUAUAAAUAAAAUUGUAUGAAUUCGCUUUUACAAUCAUUCUUUGAGGAUCAAAAAGUGAAUAGUCCAAUGCCUUCUCCAUCUCCAGAGUGCACAACGCAAACUUAUACAUACCACAGCCUAAGCCAACGGUACAGUGGCAAUAAAUCACCAGAUCUUCAGCUCACCGUGCAAGAAUAUGGCAAAGAUUGUAUUGAGCUAAAACUAACCAAUUUACAAUAUGCCUUACAAAGAUGCCAAAAAAUUAAACAUAUAUGUCUGAGUAUUAUUAUUUAUUUUGUUUAUAUCAUAUUGAUAUCGAGAAACGUGACACUUCUAAAAGGACACAUUUUAUGUGAUCUCAGUUGCCUCUUGUGGUUACUAUAUCGGAUAUUCAACUUAAUGUCAUUAAUUGAAACUGAAAAAGUUAUAAUUUGCUUGGAUCUUGCACUUCAAUGCCAUACGGUACGGUUUCUAAGGCGAACUUCAAAUUUAUUCAUUCCAGUAAACAAUAUUUAUGAUAUAGUAAUAAAUGAAGUUAUCGAAGAUCUGGAUGUACAUUAUAUACUAAUAAUUCGAACAAAGGGAAGCCUUUUCCAGAAGAAGCCGAUAGUUACACUUUUUAAUACUUUGCAGCCAUCCUUCGAGUGCUUGCAGAUGACCUAUAGAUGUCUCAAUAAAAUUUUUCGCAAAUCGAAUCGGAUGACAUAAAUAUAAGCUAUAGCAGAUCUAAUCCAAUCGAAGUUGUUCUUAUGUCUUCCACUAGUGCAUCUAUCUGAAAAGGAACUGCAAUAAAUUAAGGAUAUUCAUUGAAAAUAUAAUAUAUUGCCUUUGGUGUUAAAUCCUCAUUUUCGGUUAAAACUGGUGGUACAGUUUUUGGAUCAGGCAUUUUUAAUUCUUUAUCCGCAAUAUUCAUUUCUACUUUUACCUAGAAUUAGUUUGUAUCAAUAUUCGAUAUUUUAUUCACUAUAUAAGUAGUUACAAAGUUCUCAAGUUCCGCCUUGCAUGUCUGUUUCAUUAGUGUGCGGUAAAGUUUCAUAUUAUUGCGGUAAGCAAUGGUUUCUUCCUGCAAAGGCCGCAGAUGAAAUACUUGUUGUAGUCGUUCGUCUAAAAAAAAUAAUAAUUAAAUUUUUUAACACUUAAAAAUUAGAAUUAAAUAAACAACAAUUCAAUAAUUUUACCCAUUUAAGUAGCGGUUAAAUUUUAUUGUAUUUCAAUUCGAAUAACGCAAUCUAUUUUGACAUUUUCUUUUUUUAUGAAUAUUCGUUUUUCUACAGAGAUGACAAAACAAAAUCAACGGCGUUUGACAAUCUAGAGUCAAGCCCAUUAUAUAAUCUCCACACUACUGAACACUUUCAAUAGAAUGACUUUCAUAUAUGAGUUUAGAUACAGCUAACUUAUUGCGAACAAUAACUUUCCAAACUAUUACCUAUCAUUCAUUGUUAUUCAAAUACUAACUCCAUAACGCCUGAUAUCAAAAGCAAUUUUAUUUAUAAUUAACAGCUAACUUAUUGCGAAUAAUGUCUUUCUAAACUAUAUAAUACUUAUCAAUCAAUAUUAUUAAAAUACUAAAUCCAUAACGCUUGAAAGCAAUUUAUCGCCAACGAUUUCACUUCACCUAGUGUAUCCCAAAAUGGUUAAAGCCGAUUUCACGUACCUAAUUAAUAGUUUGGUUUUAGUUGUUGAUUUAGUUGAUUGCACAUAAUAAAAUGAGUAAAAAUCACUAAAAUAAGGUUUAUCCAAUUCUAUAAAACGAUAACAUAGUUAUAAAGGGGGGAAAAUACAAACGGUUAUUACGUGAUAGCUCCCAGAUGGCAUACCAUAGGGCCAUCUUUGCUUAAUGAUGUUAAUUAACAAAUCAUGAAAUAUUUUAUAUUUGGAUGUGCAAUUAGAAUUUUAUUUUUCAAAAUAUAUUUAAUUAUACUGUUAGAAAUUUUAUUUUAAAUAUAUUGUACAUAAUUAUGAUGUGCACAACGUUCUUCAUAAAAAAAAUUGUCACAGGUGGCAAUAAUAAUCUCUCGUUAUUUUUUUCUUGUUCUUCUUGUCUAAAACGGACGAGUGGUUCCUCGUGCCUGUCGUUCGUUCGUGACGGAACGAUACCGAAAACGAUAUCGCUGCAGCAGAAAAUUGCUAAAAAUUGCUAGAAAAUCGCAACGGUAAAUCAUAAAACUAUUGAAAAACUAUAUUUAAAGUGGCAGAGUGUUAUUAGAUCAUAAUUUCAGUGCGGUAAAUAAAAGAUAUAAUCAUAAAAUUGCGUUUGAAAAGUUUGCCUUUCACGAGAAAAAAUUUUCAUUACACACUUGGCUUAUGUGAAAUACGUGUGCAUGAGAGUGUAUAGGGAGCAAUGAGUCGAUGUGAGUGCGGCUCCGCUGGCUAUUCGUUUUCUACUUUGUGACCAUUUUUCUUUAACUUGUGCUUUGUGUUUUGCUUCCGAGAAGUCUCGAAAAAUGUGAAUCGUUCGCUCGGUAGGUGCCUAUGGCUCGUCCAUUCGGCUGGUUGAUCAUUGUUCGGUUGUCGUGUGAAAUGUAAAUUGAAGUCUUUAAUAUUUCAAAUGUUUAACUUUUGUUAGAUAAUUUUCAUGGAGGAUGAAAGCUUUGGAAAAAGUAGUAUACUUUUGCUUAUAUAUAGUUGUCAUCUGAAAUAUAUAUAACUACCUAAUAAAAUUGAGUGACAAGUCGGAAAAAGGCCAUGA